GUUUGUCGUAUAACCUAAAAGUUGUGUGAGAAAAUGUGAUAAACACGUUUAUAUUAUUAAAAAAGAAUUUUAAUAUAGAGCAAAAUGGGAAAGAAGACGAAAGUAGGAAAGCAGCGGAAGGAUAAAUAUUACCAAUUGGCAAAAGAAACGGGUUUCCGUUCAAGAGCCGCCUUUAAAUUGAUACAAUUAAAUAGGAAAUUCGGAUUUUUACAAAAGUCUCGAGUAUGUAUAGACUUAUGCGCCGCCCCUGGUGGCUGGAUGCAGGUGGCUCACCAGAACAUGCCUGUGUCGAGCGUGGUCAUUGGUGUCGAUUUGUUCCCAAUCAAGUCGGUACCUGGUUGUAUUAGUCUUACUGAAGACAUCACUACGGAAAAAUGUAAAACUGCUAUCAAAAAGGAGAUUAAAACAUGGAAAGCGGAUGUGGUACUUAAUGAUGGUGCUCCAAAUGUUGGUCUCAACUGGCUCCACGAUGCGUAUCAACAGGCGUGUCUUACAUUAAGUGCGUUGAAGCUGGCAACGAAUUUCCUAAGAGAAGGUGGUUGGUUUGUAACCAAAGUUUUCAGAUCAAAAGAUUAUCAUGCAUUGUUGUGGGUAUUCAAGCAGUUUUUCAAGAAAGUCCAUGCAACUAAACCACAAGCUUCUCGUAAUGAAUCAUCUGAAAUAUUUGUUGUAUGUCAGGGCUACAUAGCUCCAGAUACGAUUGAUCCAAAACUGCUUGAUCCUAAAUAUGUCUUUGAAGACUUGGAAAUUGCUAAGAAGCAACAUAAUAAUCUCAUGCACCCUGAAAAGCAGAAGAAAGCCAAAGCUGAGGGUUACAAAGAGAAUGAUUACACUACUUAUCACCCUGUUUCUCUGUCAGAGUUCUUGGGUAAAGAAGAUCCAUUAGACUUGCUGCAAGGAUGCUCACAGAUUAUAAUAGAUGAUAAAAGUGUGGCACAACAUCCAAAAACAACAUUGGAAAUAAAGGAAUGUUGUAAAGAUAUUAAAGUACUGGGCAGGAAAGACUUGAAAUUAUUAUUGAGCUGGUUGAAGCAGAUGAAGGAAUGGAAGACAUCACAGGAGAAAGUUGAUAAAGAAGACAAUGAACAGAAGGAUUCUGACAAGGAUGGCGAUGAACCUGAAGAAAAAGAUGAAGAAGAAGAAGUUGAUGGCCAGAUAGUUGAACUGCAGGAUGAGGAGCGUCGGAUGUUGAAACGUAAGAGGAAGCAGCUGAACAAACAGCGGCAGAAGUUGGCGGAGAAGAUGAACUUGAAAAUGGUGCUGAAGGGAGAUGAUGGACCAAUCAUGGAGAGCCACGACAUGUUCCGCCUCUCUGAUAUCAAAAAUGCUGAGGAAUUAGCAAAAAUUGUAGAUCAACAACCUGACAUUGUAGCGAAUGAAAGUGACAACUCUGAUGAUGAAUUGAAAAUGAAGAAAAAGUACACCAAGUAUGAUGUAGAGUCAUCUAAACUUGACUCCUCCGGUCUCUACUACAAGGAUUCCGACAGUGAACUCGAAAUGGAGAGUGAUUCUGAACCAGAACAAGAAAAGGAAUCAUUAGCUUUCUCCGACUCCGAGAACGAGUCCAAAAAGGUUGAUAAAAUAACGAAAUUAAACACAUUAAGGAAUGCAAAGUUGACUAAGACUCCAUCAAUACCGAAGAACAACCCGUUGUUGACUGACUUGGACAACACGGACCCUGUGUCCAGGCGGUCCAUGAAAGCUGAGCUGUGGUUCCAGAAGGAUUCCUUUAAAGAUAUUGAUGAGGAUGAUGAUGAGGGAGUGGACUUAGACAAAUUGGCUGAAAGUUACAAGGAAAAAGGGAAAAAAGUGAAGGUAGAUUUGGAAACAUCCGCUAAGAGUGAAACUGGGGCACUGAAAAGAAAGCGGAUUGAAUCUGAGAGUUCUGACGACUCAUCUGACAGCGACUAUGACGUUGAAGAUAAUGUGGCUCCAACUGCGGCUGCGGGCGCUAAAGUCAGUAAAAAAGAUGGCUUCGAAGUCGUCCAGCAAGAUCCAGAUCUAAAAAGGUUAAAGAAGACCUUGAAAAUGGACGCGGAGACGCUCGCCCUGGGAACGAUGAUAGCCACGUCCCGCAAGUUCAAGCGCGACUUGAUCGAUGACGCCUGGAACCGAUACGCGUUCAACGAUAAGAACCUGCCCGACUGGUUCGUGGAAGACGAGAAGAAACACAUGCAGAAAGAAGUGCCUAUACCUGAGAAAUAUACAGAAGAAUAUAAGAACAGGCUGCAAGACAUAAACGCUAGGCCGAUCAAAAAAGUUAUUGAGGCUAAGGCCAGAAAGAAGAAGCGCAUGAUAAAGAAAAUGGAACGCGCCAAGAAGAAGGUCGAGGCGGUGAUGGAGAACUCUGACAUGACAGACAGGGAGAAGUCACAACAGAUCCGACAAGUGUACAAGAAAGCACAGAGCGACGGUAAGAAGAAAGUAACUUAUGUUGUUGCCAAGAAACAUACAACUGCCAAACGCAUGAAGCGACCGACAGGAGUCAAAGGACAUUACAAGGUCGUCGACCCCCGUAUGAAGAAAGAUCUCCGCGCACAAAAAGCAAAAGAAAAAACUAAGGGACGCGGCAAAAAGGCUCAAAAGACACAGAAAAAUAAACCGAAAAGAACGCCUAAGAAGAAAGGGAAUAAAGUGAAAUGAAAAUGUAAUUGUUGUUUCUUGUAAGUAUAAUUAAACUAUUCAAAUUAAA